AUGGUCACUUGGUAUAAAGCAGUGAGGCGAUGUAAAAGUCUUGGAGGAUUUUUGGUGAAAAUAGAUGAUGCCGAUGAACAAAGUUUCAUAACGGAUAGAAUCAACAGCAGUAGAAAAAUAAAGGUCUGUUUACAGCUGCCAGAGUACCAUUUCACGAUAUCAUUUACUCUGGAAGUCGGUGGCAAUGGUCUGAUUCAAGCAAUAAUUCCGACUUGAUCUCAAAUACCGAAGAUGUUAUUUUUGGUCUAUUCACGAUAAAAUAAAUAGAUAAAAUGGAAAAUACAUCAAAUUUUCCUUUCAGAACUUCUCAUCAGUGAAUUAUUAUCUAUUUUAUCAAAAAAAGAUAAAGUUCAAAUAUAAAAUCAAUAAGCUUGAUUAAGUUUUUGAUUGCCGAGCUCCUCCUUCUACUAUUAGUCAAAAUAAUAUCAAUACUGCAAUCUACAACACAACCAAAGGAUUUCUACCAUGCUAGCUUCUAAAGGAAUUAGGUAGGACUCGCGCGCGAGAUGUGAUAUAAGAGAAUUUUUACUAUAGUAGCUCCGAGGGAAUAUUAUGUUACUUAUGUUAUUUCAUUAUCAAUAUUUAGAAAUGUUAAGACCUAAACAUUGUGAUUGUGUUGUUGCAAUAUUAAAUUCUUUUCUUGUCUAAAGGCACUUUGGAUUGGACUUCAUGAUUCUAAUGAUGAAAAUGACUUCAAAUUUGAAGUUCAUUAGGUUGGAGCAAAGAGAGUCGCUUAAACUUUUGAAAUGGAAAUGGUUGAAAAUGAACACAGGUAUAACACUAAUUCUGCUUUACGAAGUUUCAAAUGAAUGGGAUUACUUUUGGUAACUAAAGUGACUUAACCACAAAUAAGAUUCGUUUUUUGUAUUUCGUGUAAAUGAUAGAGGAAAAACCUGGCCUCAGCUGGAGAAUUUUUUCUAAAUAUCUACUUACUAUGAUUACGUGUUUUAAAUGCUUCUUGGAUUAUUUAGAUUUGACGUUUUUCAGCAGCAACAGUCGCAGCACCGGAUAUCAUGGCCAAAACACCUACCCUUGCAAUCAAAACGCAGAAAAACGAGGCCAUGAGUUCUGUAGCCCUUAUUUACAGCUUGGCUGGUGCUACCUUUGUAGUGAUACUCGUGCUGUGCUGCAUUAUGGGACUUCGGUGCUACAAAAGCAAAAGACACGCUAGGUUAAAAAGGUAAUGUUCACAAGCCCAAUAUAGUUAUUAUGGUAAACAAGCACAAUUCAAUCACGGCUUAUGUAAAUUUCUGUAAGCUUCCUUACAGCAACAACAACAAACAACAACAGAACGUUUGGUCGGGUGAUCUUAACGUUAGUAUCUUCAAACAGAUGACGCUUGCUUCCGAUCCACAAGCUGAGUUCUUUAGCUUUAGGUUUCUCAAUCUGUUAGUUCUGAAAGUGCCACUUACCCAAAAACUUUUCUAUCAACAAAGUAAAUCUUAUUGUCCCACGAAUAAAAAAAAACGAAAAAGUUAAUUUAGCAACUACUUUGGUUAUUUUAUUAUUAUUAUUUAUUAUUAUUAUUAUUAUUAUUAUUGUUAUUAUCAUUAUUUUUGAGCUUCCCAAGAUCCCGAAAUUGGCGUCUUUCAACUUCACGACCGAGAAGUAGGGGGAAUGGGGCGGGUUGGCUCAUGACAUCAUCCCGGAAAUUAUUCAUAUCAUUUAGCGAGAAAGCAGUCAAACUGCAGCCUAGGAGAGAACUACAGAAUUAUGCUCGGAAGAUGUGUUGUUGUUGCUCUGAUCAGGAUAUCUUCUAAAGACUUUCCUUAAAUAUUGAUCUUGAGCGCGGUUGGUUUUGAAUAUGGUGCUAAAUCAGAAGGGAAGAAGGUUAACUGUAAUUCUUGUCUUAAUGAUGAAAAAGCUAUCAGUUAUUAAGUCAUUUAACAUUCUCUCACUGAAUCCAAAUUUGUGUUGUCAACAGACAUGUUCAGCGUCCUUUCCGCGAGAUUAUUCCUCUUGACAAGUGGGAAAUUCUUCCCAAGCAGGUGCAUUAUGAGGAGGAACUGGGCCGAGGUGCAUUUGGUGUGGUUUACAAAUCAACUCUUACGAGAAGAGCUGGAAUAGAAGUGUUUGAAACAAGAGAAAGACUAAAGCCAGAAAAACAAUGUCAAGUUGUCGCGGUAAAAGUAUUGCAGGGUGAGUAGAUAUAGCGCCUAAAUACCGUCAAAAUGAAAUUUUUAAUCGCUAAGAAAAGGAUCUGGCGUUGCAUGGAAUCAUAAGUCGACUGGUAACAUCUUGCAAGCUUUCCUUUUAACAUAUCAAGCCAGAAGGGGCUAGUUCACGACCUGCGUACGCGCUGUAAUAAUUGAGAUGGCUGCUACUCUCGUCGGGUUUCAAGCAUCCUAUUCAAUCCAGGGGCUGUUGCGAACGCCAAAAGGUCUAAGACUGGACUCACAAACGCUGAAAGCAUCAAUACCAUCUAUCCACAGGUGAUCCAAGCGAUGAGCAAAGAGAAACUUUCCUUCAUGAAAUAUUGCAAAUGAAGCUGUUGGGUUCACAUCAGAAUAUCGUGUCUUUGGUCGGAUGCUGCACACUGCAGGACACCAAGUUUCUGGUGAUAGAGUAUGUUCCGUAUGGUGAUCUCUUACAAUGGUUACGGCAAAAGAGGCGAUCGGUAAGAGGAGAGAGAUUUUCCUGAGCAAGGCUAACUUUUUGUAUUUCGAUGUCUGUGAGAAAGGAAGAGGCUUAGUCAUUAGCCUUGUAUUACGUUUCGCUAGAUUCUGGAUAAAAAAAUAACAACUUUAUCUUCUACCCUUAUUCUGUAUAUACAUAUCUGUGGUAAAUAUUAUGCCUAUUACGCUUCAGGUGAAUAAAAAUCAAGCCCUCAGAGGAAAGGAGGCGGAAAAGUUUUAUGAAUAUAGAGACACUCCGAUUGAUGAGUUGAAAAGAUGCGAAACUAGUCGAGUAAGUAUUUUUGUGCUAUUUCGGUUGUUUAGGCCAUGGGGAAGGCUUUGCCAAGCAAGUCGCGAUUGGCCGUAUUUAUAUUAGUAUUCAUUAUUUCGUCCAUUGAAUUGAAACUCGAAAGUAAGGUGAAAUGUUUCCUAAAAAUAUUAUUCCUCUAAGAAAUAAAAUGCAGUCAAGCUAAAGGGAAUCAGAGGCCCCUCCCCUCACCCCCGAAAAAUCAAGGAGAAAAAUGAGGUGCUAUUUUGCUUGAGAGGAAAGCUAGGCUCCAUGAGGCCCUUCAGGAAAACUACUCCACCUCCACAAGCGCGGUUGUAAAAAGAAGAUUAAGGUAGAUAACUCGGCGACUUGGCGCAAUUUCUGUCGCUUUGCAUGGACUAUGCGGGACGGAAAAAUGCUUUGUGAACAGCAAAUGCCUUUUUCGGAUUUUAUUUGUCAAAAUAAAGUUCGACGGAUAUCAAGCAUUCAUAGUUAUCUCCCUUCCAUGCAAGCCAUCCCACCAUGAAUCAUGAUCUAACAGUGAACAUUAAUCUAUUAAUUUAAUUCCUUCCUUUACCACUCAGAAAAGUUGUGACAGUGCUGUAAAUCAGGAAAAUAUCGAAUUGAUGUCAAUGCCAUCCAGUCCAGGUUACUAUAACCACGCUGCUGUCAUUUCGCUGUCUACGGUGAAUCUUGAUGAGAGUAACCUUGAUGGCGUAAAUGAUAAUGAAGACGUCGGUGUUGAUGGUUUCUUUACUCAACAGCUGUUUUCAUUUGCUUGGCAAGUAGCAAGAGGAAUGGUAAGUAAAUGAAUUAAAUCAAAAGUGACUGUGGGCUUACUUUCGAAAAAACCAUACCUGAAGAUCAUUCUCGACAUUAUUUUAUGUCGUCUUCAGUUACACCUCUUUAAGCAUUUUUUUUUCAUUAUUUUUUCCCAGAAUCACCUUGCCGAAAAUGAUUUCGUUCAUCGUGACCUUGCAGCUCGGAACAUCCUUGUUGGUCAAGACGGACGAGUGAAGGUGUCAGACUUUGGUUUGAUGCGCCAAGUGUACGAAGACGUGUACAGCAUAAAAAAAGGUAAAAAGCUACCAGUUAAAUGGAUGGCACCAGAGAGCAUCUUCGAGGGUGUUUUUACUAUCAAGAGUGACGUGUAAGUAGACUGGAGCUGCUACUGAGUGUAGUGUUUCUGUUUCAACAAAUUUUCUUCUUUGUUUUUUUACAACUUGUUUUUUUCAGUCUUGCUCAGAGAUGCCGCAAAUCUCAAUUUAAUAGUUAAUGUUUAAAAUUUCUCGCAGUUGGUCUUAUGGAAUUUUUCUCCGGGAAAUGGCUACCAUGGGUAGGUUAAAAAGCUUCUCUUGAUAGAUAUCUAUUGUUUUUAUCAUUAACGUUUUUCAUAUUGUUAGAGUUAUUUGUUCGUCGUUGCAUUCAUACUUCUUCUUCUGUUGUAAUUAAGGUGAUGUUCCAUACCCUACGUUUACCAAUACAGAGCUCUGUAAACUUCUAAAGAAUGGUUAUCGCAUGGAAAAACCUGAUAUGUGCUGCGAUGAAGUGUGAGUAGAAUUUUAUUUUUAAAUAAUUGUCACCCUGCCGUUUUAUUCUAAUUGCUAACAAAUUUUGCUUUUUUGACUGGAUUUCACCACAAACUCUAAUAAAAAUGUGAUACCCUUUUCAUACUUGAAAGAUAUGAACUGAUGACUUCAUGCUGGGAGAACGAUCCCACAACUCGCCCCAGUUUCUCGGAGUUGAUUGACCGACUGGAGGCUAUUAUGACGAGGGAUGUAACAUACUGCGAUCUGUCAAAUUGCGAUAAAUCGAGUCCAUACUAUAACAUACAGGACAUGGUUGACGAAGAAGGCGGAUGA